GAGAGACGCAGACGGGAUAGUGCUCGAGAUCACCGCGACCCGGAACCGAGCAACUUCUCAACACUCACAUUCCAAGAAUAUUUGGAGCCGCUGGCAUGAAUUAAACACACCGAGUUGGUUCGCUCUUGAGUAUCCGCGUGCACAGUCGACUUUAUCGGUCGUUUCCUUUCCAUUUUUGAUUGUUGCAAGAAGACUCGACCGCCUUGAAUCACAGGCAGGCUAGGGAAAGCAGAAGUCUCUCAACUCGCCUCGGGCGCUCGUUCUGCAGGCAUGUCGCAGAAAGAAAGACCCACUUUCUAUCGACAGGAGGUCAACAAGACGAUAUGGGAGGUCCCUGUGCGAUAUCAGAACUUGUCUCCCGUCGGCUCGGGUGCAUACGGAUCUGUUUGCUCUGCGUAUGAUGAAAAGACAGGAUUGAAGGUCGCUGUGAAGAAGCUGUCAAGGCCGUUUCAGUCCAUCAUCCAUGCCAAACGGACCUACAGGGAAUUGCGUCUACUCAAGCAUAUGAAACAUGAGAAUGUGAUCGGCCUGCUGGAUGUUUUUACACCUGCCACCAGCCUGGAGGAGUUUAAUGAUGUGUACCUGGUGACUCAUCUAAUGGGUGCUGACCUGAAUAAUAUUGUGAAGUGUCAGAAGCUGACCGAUGAUCAUGUUCAGUUCCUUAUUUACCAGAUCCUGCGAGGGCUUAAGUACAUCCAUUCGGCUGACAUAAUUCACAGGGACUUGAAACCCAGUAAUCUGGCAGUAAAUGAAGACUGUGAACUUAAGAUCCUUGACUUUGGUCUGGCGCGACACACAGAUGAUGAGAUGACAGGUUAUGUGGCCACAAGGUGGUACCGUGCUCCAGAGAUCAUGCUUAACUGGAUGCACUACAACAUGACAGUGGACAUUUGGUCAGUGGGCUGCAUCAUGGCUGAGCUGUUGACAGGCAGGACUCUGUUUCCUGGCACAGAUCACAUCGAUCAGUUGAAGCUUAUUAUGCUUCUGGUUGGAACUCCAGGACCUGAGCUGUUAAUGAAAAUUUCAUCGGAGUCUGCUCGUACUUACAUCAACUCACUUCCUCAGAUGCCCAAGAGGAAUUUUGCCGAUGUGUUUAUUGGAGCUAAUCCACAAGCUGUGGACCUUCUAGAAAAGAUGCUGGUUUUGGACACGGAUAAGCGCAUCACGGCGGCGGAGGCUCUGGCUCACCCAUACUUUGCUCAGUACCAUGACCCAGAUGAUGAACCCGAGGCAGAGCCUUUCGACCAGAGCUUUGAGAGCCAAGAGCUUGAUAUUGAAGAGUGGAAACGUCAGACAUAUGAAGAGGUGAUAAGUUUUGAUCCGCCAGUCUUUGAGGGGGAUGAAAUGGAAUCUUGACCUUCUCUUCUGGAUUGCAAUCAAACCAACUGUACUAUUUUUACAGUAAUGCUGUCAUUUUGCAGUAUUGUAAUCAGCCAGUCAGUAGGAUGUUUGACUGUUUCUUUUUUUUUUUAUGUUGUCUGCUGGGCCAAACGGAAGGAAUAAUUUAAUAGAAAAUCAUUAUUUUACACAUUGAAACUUUUCAAAAGAUUCUGAUAGUAAUAAUAUCAACAAUUGUUUUUCAUGCAAGUCCACUUGUAAAUGUAACAUCUACCUGAAAUUUCUUAGUAUUUAGUUGUGCUGUUAUAAUGUUCUUUUUGUGUACAAUGCAUCACAUUUGCAGUACUUUUUAAAAUGUUCAGAAAACAUUGUUCAUUCAGUUUCUGUUAAUAUAUAUUUUUUUCCAAUCAAAUAAUGAGCAUUGUAUUUAAAGAUUUACAGUACGUUCCUCAUUAAUCAGUUUUCAUAAAGAUGGGAUUUAUUGGAGUCUCCUUUGAUAGAGCUAGGAUGAAAAAUGUAAAUUUUUGCAUUGGGUAUUGGUGAUAUGUUUAGGCUAUUUGUAAAUAUAUGUUCCAUAAAGCUUUUCGAAUCUGUA